UAACAAUAAAUGUAUAAGUAAUAAUUAAAUAUUUAUAUAGCAUUUUUAGAAUUAAUUCAUUUACUUACGUAAUUAUAAGGUGAUGAUGAAAAUAAAUAUUCGUUUAUUUAUGAAAAAAAGAGUAGCUGUUAUGGACUAUAUUAUGUACUUUUCAUCAAGACCUUCAUCGUCUGAAGUCUUAACCUCAUAUUUAUCACAAUGUAAAGAACCUCCUUGGACGUCGUAUUUCGUAAAGUACAGCAGUGUAAGUGAUGAUCAAUUUGGAAUGUCUAACUUUAAUUGGAAGGUUGGCAACUCAAACUAUCAAAUAUUAAGGACUGGUUGCUUUCCAUAUAUCAAAUAUCAUUGCUCAAGAAAAGAAGAGGAGGAUUUAGUUAUUUCAGAUAGAUUUAUGAGAAUUAUAAAAAUUGUUAAUUUAGGUAUACCAUGUUUACUCUACGGUCUUGCAGCUACACAACUUAUCAAGCAUGAAGAAAUAGUCUACACAUCCAAAGGAUCUGUCAUUAUAUACUUUUUAUUACCGGAACAUAAAGGAUCAUUAUAUUAAGACAAUGUGUACAAUUAUAUUAAUUUGUAAAUAAAUAUUUAUUAAAUAUAUUUUAUUUCCAUAUUUA